ACUGCAGAGGCUGCCAUGGCCGGAGCCAAGGCCGCGGCAAUCGCCACCGUCACUACCCUGGCGAGCGUGAGGAUGUUGCCGUGGGCCACCAGGGCGCACCUCAACCCGACCGGGCAGGCCCUCAUCAUAUCCACCGUCGCCGGGAUGGCCUACUUCAUCGUCGCCGAUAAGACCAUCCUCUCCAUGGCCAGGAAGCACUCCUUCGAUGACGCACCUGACCACCUCAAGAACACCUCCUUCCACUAA